UUGCUGCUACUGGGACAGCGCUUCCUUAACCUCUGCUAUUCAAUUUUAUUUUUUUUUCGGUACUACACCCCCAGCAAAGAAACCCCCUCAAUUUAAAAUUCCUUUCUUUGCGGGUUCCUGCUGCUGCUUGUCAAAUAACUAAAUUAAUUCAGGCCUUCUUCAAACAACAGACAUAACGAUCAAAAUCUGCCUACAAUGAACUUCAAAAGCCUAUGUACUCGAUGGAGGGCACCAGUAAACUCGUUGACAACCUCUAGACACUUCCACAGCUCCCCACUUGCUCUAUCACAUAUCGGACGUACACCGUUAGCUUAUUCGAACGAUGUCGUUAUUGAACAGGACACCAUACCCAUUACUCAACCUCGCAUUCCUUCCGAGUAUAACAACACGAUGCUCCAUAUUAAAGGCCCUUUAGGCCAACUUCAACUUCCCAUCAAACCCUUCGUGAAGCUAAACUUUACACCUGCCACACCUGAUAGUCCUACUGCCGACAAUCUAUUAGAGGUGGCUGUCGAAGACGAAACCGUUAAAGAGCAGAAAGCAAUGUGGGGUACAACGCGUGCUCUCAUCAACAACGCUAUUGUUGGCGUAUCAGAAGGCUUCAAAGUACACUUACGACUCAUCGGUGUUGGUUACAGAGGAACAUUAGAAAAUAACAACAGAACACUUUCAUUAAAGUUGGGCUAUUCACAUCCCAUUUUGAUGGAUUUGCCAGAGGGUGUGUCUUGUACUAUACCUACACCCAAUCGUAUCAUUCUACAGGGCAUCAAUCUUCAACAAGUGAAACAGUUUGCAGCAGAAAUUCGUCGCUGGAGAAAACCAGAACCUUAUAACCAAAAGGGUAUCUUUGUUGAUGACGAAACAAUCAAGAAGAAGGAUGGCAAGCGGAAGUAGUCGAAAUGAUAAUAGUAACAAUAAUAAUAAUGAUAAUAAUAAUAAAUGCUUAACAGAUAGAAUAACUUC